GGGAAAGAAGGUGGGUGAGGCCGAGGCGAGGGGGCCGGGUCAGAGGGGGCGGCUGGAGGGUGAGAUCCUGUCCUCCCUCACUCCCUACCCCCGUCCCCAGAAAUUCUUCAUCAUCAUGCAGAGCGUCUUCUAUCCCGCCGGCCGCAUCUCUGAGAGGUAUGAUAUAAAGGGCUGUGAGGUGAGCCGAUGGGUGGAGCCAGCCCCUGAGGGUAGCCCUCUUGUCCUCGUGCUGAAGGACCUCAACUUUCAAGGCAAGACCAUCGACCUGGGGCCCCAGCGGAGCUGGCUCCUCCACCAGAUGGAACUGGACACCGCCUUCCUCCGGGAGCUCAACGUGCUGGAUUACAGCCUUCUGAUGGCCUUCCAGCACCUCCACGAGGAUGAGAGGGGCCCGGGCAGCAGCCUCAUCUUUCGCACAGCCAGGUCUGUGCGAGGGGUACAGAGCCCGGAGGAGCCGGGAUCCCAGAACCGCCGGCUGCUGCCCGACUCCCCCAACGCCUUACACAUCCUGGACGGGCCGGAGCAACGCUAUUUCCUGGGUCUCGUGGAUCUCUCUACGGUCUACGGGCUCCGCAAGCGGCUGGAGCAUUUAUGGAAGACGCUGCGCUACCCAGGUCGGACCUUCUCCACCGUCAGCCCCGCUCGCUACGCCCGUCGCCUCUGCCAGUGGGUGGAGGCUCAUACCGAGUGACCCGCGCCCGUCGCUCUCUCGCAUCUGGACAAUGGGCACACGCCGGGAACCAGGGUUCCAGUCUGGCCCCGGCGGCGGGUCGGCCUCCCUUCACCUGCUGUUCCUCCCUUUGGCCUCCAGAGGGCAGCAUCCCCUAACUAAUACCAUGACAACACAGCCUCAUUUGGUGGUGAUGACCGGUUCGGCGUUGUGCCAGGGACUCCCCAACAUUAGCUCCAUUAAUCUUCAAAAAAAAAAAAAAAAUGCUAUUAUUCUCUUUUUACAGACCAUGAAUUGGAGGCUCAGGGGGUGAAGGUACUGAGCAAGAUCAUUCAGCAAUAAAUGCUGGAACCAGGACUCGACUAUGCCUUUUGGACUCAGGAGCCUGUAUUCUUACCCAGCAGCUCCCUUAGCCCUGUCUUCAUGCUCUGGGGAAUGGUGUAGGCUGAAGGCUCCAGCCAAGCCCCUUUGUCGUCCAGAUGGGGAAACUGAGGCCCAGAGACUUUAAUGGGCUUACCCAUGGGUAAGUGGAAAGGCCAGCCCAAG